AGAGAAGCAGGAGGUCUAACUAUACGAAAGCUGUUUCUCAGCCUCUCCCUCUCUGCCUCCCAAUUGGAAGUUGGUCAAGGCGUGGGAUCAGCUGACCGAUCACGUCACUAUCACGAUCACGUGGACUGAUGCUUUGGCGUGAGGGCUGCAGGUCAGUCGGUGGAGAUGCAGUGCAGUUCAGUUUGUUGUCUCCAAUGCCAAUACAGUAGUGCCGAUGCCAGUGCCAGUCCAGUGCCAGAAAUGCCAACUACUCUACUUCUUAAUUCUUUGAAUUAACCAGCAUUCUGCCCUCUGCGUUCUGGGGGUAUCUUUUUCUUCCGCACGCCCCCUCUCCCUCCAGAUCGAUUCCCCUCUCCCUCCAGAUCGAUCGGUUCCCCUUUCUCUCUCGGGUGCUGGUCGUUGGCGGUGGUGCUCUUCACCUUCAAUUCUCAACCUCCCCUACACUGCACCCCCAAAGUAGUUCCAGAGUUGCGCCGCCCCUCAGGACACGACCAGCCAACAAUCCGAUCUUGAACCUUCUGAACCACCAAGAGAUACCUACACCACACCGACUCCCCUCCCCACCCGCAACAAUGGAUAACAACAACCGUUUCCAUUUGAAUCUAAACCCCAACCCCAACGGGGAACGACAACAGUUCAACGAUCGUGCCUACCCAACCACUCCCUCAACCUUUCCUAAUCCCAUAUUCCCGUCUCAGGCACAAGGGGCUUCUUCGCAAGGACAGGGUCAAAACGGCCAACAACCAUACUCCACAGGUUUCGCUCCAGCUGGAUACUUCAUGAACAAUCCGUACCCCCCAGCAUAUCCUCAACAGCCUCCUGCCACUUCUUAUGGACAAGCUCCCCCUCAACCACCAGCAGCAUCGUACCAGCAACAGCGACCAUCCCCAUACCAAGCCAAUGACUCGACAAAUGGGUUGGUGCACCAGUUCUCUCACCAAAACUUAGGUGGUCGCAGUUCCCCUUACGGCGCUCGUCAGAAUUCUUCUCCCAGCCAACGACCUCGAACCGCAGGAGCACCCAGUCAACAGGCGAAUUAUCAGGGUGGCUAUUUGACCCCAAUGCCUUCCCAAGCUGCCCAGCAACAAAAUUGGCCAGAAUGGCAGACUGCCCCUGAGCGAAACCCAGACAAGUAUGGCAAAUCAGCAGAGACCAACCAAACAAAAUGUUCACAACUGGCCGAGACUUUCUUCAAAGACAGUGUCAAGCGUGCUAGAGAUCGAAAUGUUAGGUGAGUGAGGCUGUCGCUUGCAUGUUACGUUGCGUCUAGUGAAGAGACACUGACAAACUUCACUACAGACAGAGUGAGAUGGAACAACGGCUAGUAGACCCAAACCAAUCCCAAUCUAGACGAGAGCAGACCUGGGCCAAUGCGGGAAAACAAGAGGGCAAAUAUCUACGAUUCUUGCGUACCAGAGACAAGCCAGAAAACUACCAAACUCUCAAGAUUAUUGGAAAGGGUGCAUUUGGAGAGGUGAAGCUGGUACAAAAGACACAAGAUGGUAAGGUCUACGCCAUGAAGUCGCUUAUCAAAAGUGAAAUGUUUAAGAAGGACCAAUUGGCACACGUUCGAGCGGAGCGAGACAUCUUGGCCGAGUCCGACAGUCCUUGGGUUGUGAGACUUUAUACCACUUUCCAAGAUGCAGACUUCCUCUACAUGUUGAUGGAGUUCUUGCCUGGUGGAGAUCUCAUGACCAUGUUGAUCAAGUACGAGAUCUUUUCCGAGGACAUUACUCGAUUCUACAUUGCUGAGAUUGUUCUUGCGAUCGAAGCUGUUCAUAAAUAUGGAUUUAUCCAUCGGUAAGUUUUGCCCCUUGCCUUGCCAUCCUUUCCCUUUUCUGGUUUAUUAGAAUCUAAACCCUCUAGUGAUAUCAAACCCGAUAACAUUCUGCUUGAUCGUGGCGGACAUGUCAAGCUUACCGAUUUCGGUCUCUCGACUGGAUUCCAUAAGCUACAUGAUAACACCUACUACCAAAAUCUUCUCCAGGGCAAGUCUAACCGUCCGCGCGAUCGAAAUUCUGUCAAUCUCGACCAAAUCAAUCUUACUGUCAGCAACCGUGGAGCGAUCAACGACUGGAGAAAGUCUCGAAGAGUCAUGGCUUACUCGACUGUUGGUACACCUGACUACAUUGCUCCUGAGAUUUUCACUGGCCACGGUUAUUCAUCUGAUUGUGAUUGGUGGAGUUUGGGUACGAUUAUGUUUGAAUGUCAAGUUGGAUGGCCUCCGUUCUGUGCUGAAGAUGCUCACGACACUUAUCGCAAGAUUGUCAAUUGGCGUCAAUCAUUGUACUUCCCUGAGGAUGUUCAAUUGGGCCCAGAAGCCGAGAAUCUUAUCAGAAGGUAGGACAUCUCGUCAAGAUAUCAUCGCAGAAACUAACAUAUUAUUAGCUUGGUUUGCAAUUCCGAGAAUCGUCUUGGUCGUGGAGGAGCCGAUGAGAUUAAAGCCCACAAGUUCUUCCGUGGUGUUGAAUUCGACACGCUUCGUCGUAUUCGUGCUCCAUUUGAACCCAAAUUGAACUCGAACGUCGAUACUACCUACUUCCCCACUGAUGAGAUUGAUCAAACGGAUAAUGCUACUCAUCUCAAGGCCGCCAACGCAGCUGCUGGAGGUGGACCACGAACCGAGGCCCCCGAAAUGACGCUGCCAUUUAUCGGCUACACUUUCAAGCGCUUCGAGACCAAUUACAAUCGAUGAUGAGCAAAUUCGAAAUUCGCGUAAAAGUCAAACAAUGUCCGUCUCGGACCCGUUCAAUUUCGUAAGCUUUGCGGAAAUGUUCAAUCGGCAUGUGAGGCGACUGUAAGGCUUCUUUUCUACAGAUACCACUUUGCGAGGCAUGUCAUGAUGGAGCUAUUAAGCAUGGAAAUUACACCUUGAGGGGAACAAUGUAUUGCUCUAGAUCUCCUAGACCAGGAAUAUUUGAAAGGUCCACUUGAUAAGUCUAUGAUUUCCGGUAUUGAUUGCAUUUCCAGGCGUACAAUCAUAGAUUUUUUGUUGAAUUGUUUUUUCAUGCUCCGCCAUGCAGGUGGCUGAACCACAAAGUCAUGGGAACACAAUCAAUCGAGAAUUUGUUAAAAAAGAUAUCCGUAGAAGUAUUUGAGACAAUAAUAAACCAUUGUGACAGGUUGAGAGUCUCCUAUAUAGGUUGACUCAAGUACACUUCUAUUCACUAGUUGCCAUAUCUAAACUUAAGUUCACAUAAUCAAUUUUUUAAAAG